CGCGUCACGCACGUGCACAUCUUCAACCGCUACCCGCCCGCCCGCCGCCACGCACACUGCCCGCUCAGCCCGCACAGCCCCCUGCCCGCCGCUAUCUGCGUGCGCCACUACCCCCCCCUCUCUCCGCCAUCGAGGCCGCCCUCCCCCCGUUCCCCGCCGCCGCCCUCGCCCCGCUCCCCGCGCUCCCCCCGCUCGCCGGCGGUCGAAGUCGCUGCCCGUGCCAGGACGCCGGGCGUGAGGUCGAGAUGUUCCUCCGCCGCUCCGGCGACGCCGCCCUACUGCGGCGAGUCGUCGCAAACGAGGCGGUCCAUAGAUAGAAUAGACUUUACUAAAUUCGUGUACAAGAACCGAUCACCGAGCACCCCGGCGAGCUCGCCGUGCUGCGAUCGAGCCGCGGACUUGCCCAACACGACCCCGCCCUCGAGACCGCCCAGCCCGCCCAGCCCGCUGUCGCUGUCGGAGGACUGCACCAAACAACCUCUCAUAUCGCCGAUGCCGGACACCGAAUCUGAGACGUCGAAUUUGUAAACGGAAAAACGUAUGUCACAUGCAUCCUGUAUACAUGGAACAUUACAAAUAUAAUAUACGUAUAACAUUUACCACUUAUACAUAAAUACACGUUCACAUAUAUACUCCAUUAAUAGAGACGUUAUAAUUAUUAUUGUAGCCACUUACGACAUGUACUACGGACACUCGUACCUUUCCUUUCUUCAUAUACAUAGUAUAAUUGUAUGUUUUAUAUAGUGUAACGUCCGGGUCGGGGCGUCCUUAGGUUUUGCGAUGUAGCCAUCGUAUAAUCAUUCGGCCGAUUCGUGUAACUGUCAGAUAUGGUAAUCGUUUGGUAGCCGGUAGUUCGGUGAAUCCUUAUCGUUGUAUACAAGUAGUUCGGUGUUAAUUAUUAUUCCGUGUAACCGCUGUUCUUUCUAUUUAAUCCAGUGUCGUUUGCAACCGUUUAUAUAUUCUCUGGGAACGAACGCUAAUUUUAUGACACGGAGCGGGUCUAGUAUAAUACACAUUUAUGACAUUCUGUAAAUUAUGUCAAAGGAUCUUUUUAAUAAAAUUCUGUGAAAUAAAAUGUAGAUACCGAA